CCACACCAUAUUUUGGGCGCCUCAGCAAAAUGAUCCGAUUCAAACACAUAUUCAAACUCACUGAACAAUUGAGUACUUCUUAAUUUCUGCGUUUAUUGACUCAGGCUAUCCACAUGCCAAAUAUACUUGUUAGCAAGGAUCGUGUCCAUAAAUAUCCUUCUAUAUAUCAUCCAAAUUUAUACCAAACAAGCAACCAGCAACAAGCAAUAUUGUUGUCCAACGAAUUUUUCUCAAUAUCCCUCCUCUCCUGCUCCAUUUCUUUGUGAUAUCAAUCCAAAUGGGUAGCCUUAAUUUCGAUCAUCCGCCAGAAUUCUUUCCAAACGAAAGUCCUCUAGAUCCCAACGAGUUUAGGAGACAAGGCCACAUUAUAGUGGACUUCAUUGCCGAUUAUUAUGAAAACAUUGAGAAAUACCCUGUCCUAAGCCAGGUUGAACCUGGUUAUCUUGGAAAGCGAUUACCAAAAAAUGCCCCUGAUUAUCCUGAGCCCAUUGAAACCAUCCUCCAAGAUGUCCAGGAUCAUAUUGUCCCUGGUCUAACACAUUGGCAAAGUCCCAAUUUCUUCGCGUACUUCCCUGCUAAUGGUAGCAUUGCAGGGUUUAUUGGGGAAAUGCUGGCCACCGGAUUCAAUGUGGUGGGCUUUAACUGGGUUGCAUCACCAGCUGCAAGUGAGCUGGAGAGCAUAGUCAUGGACUGGCUUGGACAAUUGCUUUGCCUUCCAAACUCUUUUCUUUUCUCUGGCGGCGGUGGCGGGGUGAUCCAAGGAACUACUUGCGAUGCUAUCUUGUGCACUCUAGUUGCCGCGAGGGACCAAAUGCUGAGAAGAAUCGGGAGAGAGAAUAUUGGAAAGCUAGUGGUUUAUUGCUCAGACCAAACCCACAGUGCGUUUCAGAAAGCUUCCCAGAUUGCCGGAAUUCAUCCGAGGAACUUUCGUGCCAUCAAGGCCUCAAUAUCAACAUCAUUUGCUCUCUCCCCUGAAUCGCUACGUUCAACAAUCUGUUCAGAUUUACAAGAUGGCCUAAUUCCAUUAUAUCUAUGUGCCACCGUGGGGACAACUUCAACGGCUGUUGUUGAUCCACUUGAACCUCUAUGCAAUGUGACAAAAGACUACGGAAUAUGGGUUCAUAUUGAUGCUGCAUAUGCUGGAAGUGCAUGCAUUUGCCCAGAGUUUCGCCAUUUUUUGGACGGAGUUGAAGGUGCUAGCUCGUUCAGUUUCAACGCACAUAAAUGGCUCUUCACCAUGCUUGAUUGCUGUUGCCUUUGGGUAAAAGACCCAAACGCCCUGAUCAAAUCACUUUCGACAAACCCUGAGUUCUUGAGAAACAACGCCACUGAUUCAAAACAAGUGGUGGACUACAAAGACUGGCAAAUAGCAUUAAGCCGGAGGUUUCGAGCCAUGAAACUAUGGCUUGUGCUCAGAAGCUACGGCGUGGAGAAACUCAGGAACUUACUUCGAAGCCAUGUUCAAAUGGCCGAGCGAUUUGAAGAGCUUCUUGCCACCGAUAAGAGGUUUGAGAUUGUGGUUCCCAGAAUCUUUUCCUUGGUCUGUUUUAGGGUUUCCCCAUCAGCAAUUAGCACAGAGUUGUUGAAACAUGAAAACAACAUAAAUGAGAUUAACAAGAAGUUGUUGGAGUCUAUUAAUGCAUCAGGGAGUAUGCACAUCACACAUACGGUAGUUGAUGGCAUGUUUAUGUUGAGAUUUGCUGUUGGUGCAACCCUAACUGAGGAAAAACACAUCAUCAUGGCUUCAAAGGUGGUUAAAGAGCAUGCAGAUGCCAUCUUAACUUUUUGAUGGGCCUAUUACUUUCUUUAUUUUAAAUAGCUCCUAUUAGUUAUAAUUUCUAUUAGUACUAUUUUGACAAAUAGGAAGGAUUUAUAUAUCCAACUUAUUUGCGCUUCAGUUUGUAAUGCAUUUACUUAAAUUUAUAAUAAAGCAAAGUAUGUAGACGCAAUAUAUAAAAAUAUGAUUAGCUAGUGUGUAUUUAUAUUACUGAACUGAUCAUGAGUUAUAAAUAUUUGAGUGA